AUGUUGGAAGCUUCCACCUUUUUGUCCACGCUCAUUGGAGAAUUUGCCGGCAAAUCGUCGUCGAAUUACAGCAUGGCCUUGGAAUUUCACAAACGGGCUCACAUGGACUUUGGCAGUGAUUGGUUGGAUCAAUCACUCCAAAUGUGCAUGCAAGCUCUCAGUCAAAUUGUCAAUUAUUGUACUUCCAUUUAUAAUUCUUCUGCGCCUGCACCAUCAUUGGACAAGUUGCAAACCGAAUUGGCCACCUCGGUCGUCCAAUUGACCAUUGAUAUCAUUGGUUGGGACUUUAUCGAUGCCUGGGAUUCUUCCAUCAUGGGCAUGUCCGUCUUGGCGCGGACGGUCAUUCGACCACCCGAUACUUGGAGGGAAUACUUGAUGCAUCCCGAAUUCAUCAAAGCGGUCUUUCAUUUGCACCACUUGGUGGUCCAUACGCAAGGCCAACAGGUGUUGGGACAUUCCUUGCGGCAACUUUUGCUGCUACUGGCAUCGGUGCAUGGACCGAUGUUCAAGAGCAUCGAUGAGCGCAAGGCUUUUGCCAACUUUUUGAUGGAGGGAGUCUUGGGAUUGUUGUCGGAUGCCACGUCGGCAGCCGCACAAGAAUCAUCCUCGCUAUUGGAUACCUUUGCCAUGAUUUCACGGCUCAUUGUCAAUUACAAAAUGUCCAUUUUAAUACAGUUGCCACAAAUGAAUCAACUCUUUACCAACAUGGCCAUGAUUGGAAAACAUUUGCUCCAAGAGAAUCUAAAGGAAUGUGAAUCGGUCCAUGGAGAUGUCGAAUGUAUGGAACAUCGAGAGUGGCGGGAAGAAGCCUUGACGCUCUUAUUGGAGGGGAUUGUACUAGUGUGUGGUGAUCCAUGUCUAUUGUAUUCGGGGGAUGAAGCACAACGCACGGCGGCCAGCGCUGCACUAGCAUCCACCUUGGGGCCACUCUAUGCCGAAUUCAUACACUGUCGGACUGGAAUGGCACGAUUGGAAGAACAAUACUUGACGGCACAUGAAACAGAACUAGACGAACUCAAGGAAGAAAUAUUUGCAGUGGAUUUAGAAGAAGAAAUGGCAUCCUUGUCCAAUGUUGGACGACUGAAUCUUGGGGCAGCCUUGGCGUGUCUUUCGGCUUCUUUUCAGAAAAUUGUGCCACAAUUGCAGGCCCUCUGGAAUGGUGCGGCGGGUGGUGUUUCUCCAGAGGCUGCAGGACUAUUGGAGGAAUCGCGAUUGCUUACCAUGUACAUUGGGCACUUGUUGACAGAUGACAAUGAAGGAGAGUCACCACAGGUUCCAGAUUUUGUCGUCAAUGCCUGCGAACGGGAUCCAUCCGUCACCAAUUCCAUUGUUCAAGCCGUAUCUACCUUGAAUCAAUUUGCUCAAUUCCAAGUGACAAAAAUUGCCGCGAAUCCAUCGGAUCUUAGAUUGUCUCCAUUGCUCGCCAAGUCCUUUUUGUGGUUUCUAAAUCGAUGGGCACCUGCCUACAUAUUACCCCUUGGCUACUCGGAAUUGACCAACAAGAGUCCCAUUCUAGCAGCCUGGUCCAGUGCGGAGAAGAUCCAAGAAGCCGUCUAUUUUUGUUUGACAUUGUCGCUACAUUACCACUGUUAUUGGCCACACGAGGGUCAAGUCCAAGAGAGUGCCACAGCCCUACUUUUUUCAUUGGCAAAACGAUGUACCAAGAUGCGACUCGCAAUGGUAUCUUCGCCAUCCUUUCAACAACUGUGUCAAUUCCAUUGUGUGACUAGUGGGAUUCGACAUAGUGCACCACCAGAGGAAGUGGAAGCCACGGUCCAAGCCAAGGCCGGUGGAGCCAACCUUUCGCUGGACAUGUUACGUGGAUACCAACGUCUUCCCUACGAUAUUAAAUCCAAGAUUGUGACUGGUCUAAUUGUGGCAUGUAGUGAAAAGGAUGAUGCACAGUCGAAUGCCAUGCUAAAUGAAAUUUUCAAAGCCAUCCAUGACGUAUUUUCUUCCUUGGUCCAUGUAUUGUCUACACGGCAAGCAACACCAGAUCAAGUGGAUGCCAAGGAAAUGACUAGUUUAUGUGUCGAACUCUAUGGUGGAGUGGCAAGAACGGGUGAAAUGGUGGAACCCAAUCGGAUUCCCAAAUUUCUGACACCCUCUCUGUCGCACUUGUCGGGCCUCAUGGCCUUUUAUGCCAAUGAUUUGAUCAUUUGCGAAGGUUUGUUGCGAUUCUUUCGAGAUUACGCGGAACAGUUCAUUGCUAUUUUGGAUCCGGAAGACUGCUUGGCCUUGUUCCAAUCGUCAGCUGACUUGCUAAAGGCCUAUUCAAGUGUUCACUGUGCAUCGACCCGCGUCAUCAAGAAUGAUGUUGAGGAAGAGCAGAAUUAUACCGACGUCUUGUGUGCGAUUCAAUUGUUGAUUCAACUGGGAACCAAGGAUUUUUUAGAUGUUGGAAAAGAUGGUGCUAUCAAUUCUUCGCAAGUGACAGAGAUGAUCUUCUUUGGCUUGCAACAAAUUCUGCCGCUAAUGACCCGAGGCCUCUUGCAAUUUCCCACAUUAUGUAAACAGUAUUUCUCCUUGGUGGGCUUUAUGAUGGAAACCUAUCCCGACGAGGUUGGUCAACUACCAUUCGAGCUCUUUGAUGCACUGCUGGAAUCCUUGCUAUUCGGCAUGUCCUAUCAUGACCCCAGUGUCGCCAAGGCAUCCUUUUAUGGCAUUUCUGGAAUCUUGAAGGAGCAAAUACAAAACAAGGUAUUGGACAUGCACUUGUCGUCACCACAAGGUCCCGCCUUGAUUGAGAAGUGCUCUCGGCGUUUGCUGAUGGACGUUGUCUUUCAGAAUAUCAUUUGGGAUCGAAUUGAAGCCACAGGUGCCGCACUGCUGAGCUUGGCGGCCUUGGAUUUGAAUCGAUUUGCCGCUGUCGUCCAAUCAAUAGCGCAACAAAUGCCAGCCGAGAACCAACAGCGACUGUCCCACUCCUUUCAAGUCUUGUUGAAACCAGAAAUUCUGGCCAAGGCAGGAAGUCCAGGUUACGAAGGUCGACAGAACCGCAUCCGGUUCCGCAAAGACUUUGAAGACUUUUGCAAUGAGAUUCAUAGCUUUUUGUUGAUGCGAUAA